AUCUGACCGCGUUCCUCUUAUUUAUUAGCAGACGAUGAAUCAGAUUCAUAUGACGUUACAUGAGUGAGUAAGUGCUCUUGAAUUCUUAUUAAUCUUGAUAAAUGAUACAUAUUGAAAUAUUAUCAACAGGUUCUGUGGCUGAUGAGUUUAAUGAUUAGCCACCCAUGUGAUUUGCACCUUGGUUGCUGCCAUGGCAUCCUAUGGGCCAGUAGAGGAUCCUUUUGAAGAUGACAUAGUAUUUGACCAAGCUGGAUUACUUAACAGUGCAGCUAAAAUGAACACUGCAAUACGAAGGGUCUCUAGUGGCAAAUGUGCACUGUUUGCAAAAACUCUAGGACUAUGUGGAGCUUUUUUUGGCCUGGGAUUAUGCAUAGCUAUUCCUGGUCCAGCUUUUCUGUCACCAAUAACAGAACUGCAAGCAGAUAAAUCACCGGUUUCAAGAAUUUAUGCUGCGAGAUCUUCUGGUUACUUGAUUGGCUCAAUUAUAGGCGGAAUCUUGUUUGAUCACUUCAACCGACUGUUCCUUCUCUUCGUUAGUCUCCUUCUGACAGCUAUAUUUAUCACAGCCACCCCUUGGUGUAAUGUAUUGUGGCUGCUCGAGGCAUGCAUGGUGUUCCUUGGUAUGACAAUGGGCUUUCUGGACACAGGUGGCAAUGUUCUUUGUUUGGAUUUGUGGGGAAGAAAUAGUGGUCCAUUCAUGCAAGCCCUGCACUUCAGUUUUGGUCUUGGAGCCUUCGUUGCACCGCUGCUGGCAGCACCUUUCCUACAACCUUCCACCACUACUGUCCCUUUCCAAGUUUCAGAUCCUAAUGCAACAGGGGUAGAGCGUGGGAAGAGAUACAUUUCACAAGAUGAGCAGAACAUCACGGGAGUAAUUAAUAAUAAUUUGGAGCCUCUGAACAACAGUUUCCUUGAAUUUACUACGAAGUCGUUAGAUGACGACGUCUCCAGAACUUCAGAUGUUAUGAUUCCAGUGAUCCCUGCAAGUACAAUUUCUAAUCUACAAUCAGUUGAAGUUGAUGCAGCAGAUGGCUUUGGUGCAAAUGAAACAACUGUCCAACCAAUUGCAACAACGCACAGAGUGCCAAAACGGAAACCAUCCAAAACGAACGCGAGUUCACUCGGUAAUAAAAAUUGGGACAGUGUUCAUGUAGGAACUCUACCGAAGGAAGAUCUUAUACCGCUUGCCUCUGCCUUAUCUUCAUCCACUGCUACCAGUAAGACGACAAGUGCCACCACAAAUACCGUGUUUCCAUCUGUAUCUCCCGCUUCAGACUCUUAUUCUGAACUUCAGCAGGCGUUACUGCCGCAACGAAGUGAAACUGCCGCUCUAGCCGAAGAAACUAAUGCAGAUACAAAUCCUAGUCCACAUUCAGUGUAUGAAAGCACAGAUUUUACUAGAUCCUUCGUGAGUAGAAAUGAAGGAAGCAAUACAGACUACAGUAAAACCAAAAUGGUUUCUCUCGUACCCAGUACCAAAAACAAUACUGCCGAGUCUUCCGCCCAAAAUGUUACAGACAAUACAGAUUCUGAGCAGACAAAGAAUCAACUGCCUAUAAAUAACAAUUCCAAUUCCAUAAAUGUCAGUGGAAGGUCAUCUAGUCUGGUAGACGAUUCCAUAACUGGAUCAGGCACCACAGAACAAAGCGUUCCCAUAAUCAGUCACUCGCAAGUUAAGGCAACUCUUUCAUAUGAACAUUCGCUGGAAACACCAGAAGAAUUUGGGACACAGGUCAGGUCAUAUAUGAAAUUAAGCACAGAUAUAUCAGAAGAAGGUCAAGGCACUCAGGCAUUUAUUAAACAUACCAGCAGCACGGGGACCGAGGAGCAUACGACAGUUUCUAGCACAGAACGGUCGACUUUCUCCUCUGCCAGUUCCACGCUGAUUCAGACACUAGAUGUGAUGGCAUCAUUACCAGCUGCCCUUCCAGGUGGAAACUCACUUGACAGACAUGUCCAUCACUCUAAGCCUGUUACGUACGAUAACGACACGGAGGUUAUUAAUUCAGUAUUCAACAUUGUAGCCAACAGAAUAGAAAAGUAUGGUUUCAGUAGAGUUCAGUUUACAUAUCUCAUGGUAGGAUUAUUUGUGUUUGCAAUAUCACUUGUGUUCUUGGGUUUCUUGUGUCACAAUCCUAGAGACCCCAAAUCAAAACAAGAGGAGGGACAAAGUACCAAGAAGAUAUCAAAUAGAGCCUUGCAUAGUUUGCUAAUUACCUUGAUGGCAAUCUUCUUUCUUCUGUACGUGGGGUUAGAAGUAACAUAUGGGCAGUUGGUGCUGGCAUUUGCCGUGAACAGUGAUCUGCAGCUCGCCCAGUCCACCGGACUCAUGACCGUCAUCGUGUUCUGGGGUUCAUUCGCAGCCAUGCGCUUCGCCUCCAUUUUCUUUUCCAGUGGGUUUGGCCCCAUCGUUAUGUUGCUAUUCAACUUUGUGUUCUGUACCCUUGGAACCGUUCUUCUGUCUGUUAUGGGCAGUCACACUGAAACGGCACUGUGGGUAGGAACGGCUCUGCUCGGAAUCGGCCUGGCGUCCGUGUUUCCAACGGGCAUACUGUGGAUUGAACGUUACAUCCACGUCUCCAACAAGGUGGCCGCAGCCUUUGUGGUAGGAGCAUCUCUAGGGGAGAUGGUGUGUCCUGUCGCAGUGUACCAGCUCAUGCUGAACCACCCUGCAAUGCUGAUGUAUUCAGCAGCCGUAAUAAACGUCCUAUGCAUUAUGACAUUCAUCGCAAUUCGGUGGUUGGCCCUCCGGCUUGGAGAAAAGUACUGUUCGGCAAGCAGCAACGGAUAUCAACUGGCCAGUCAGGAUGAAGAGGAGGACAUGAUAGAUGUAUCGCCGACUGGCAGCGUAGUUGAUUUACGACACAGCUUCUCCUCAGAGCACAGGGCUUUACUUAAUGGAAACCCACAUCGAGGGCCUUAGCACCCUUGCCGUUGCCUGCGCAUAAUGACGGGCGCGGGAUGCCUGUUCAUGAAGGAUUGUAACCUAUAUCUUCUGUGAUAUAAUACGCUGAUUAAUGAAGAUGAGUACAUAUUUGUUCUGGUUGAAUAAACUUCAGUCCACUGUAAGCUACAUAAAAACUAUGAUGAGCACUAAGCCUUAGAAGAAGGGGCUACGUGUUUUGGGAUGUUUCAUACGCCACACACAAAACAUUUUGUAUCAGAGUUUAACAUGCAAAGUAUAACAAAUAACAUGACCUGUCAAUGAUCAACUGUUGAUUUUUCUGUCAAGUGAUGGAGCACGUGUCAGUACUGCAUUAUAUGACGACCGCAGCAUGACGCAAACUGGGCGCAUCAUGUUAAAACUUUGGCAGGUGUUUGUGGUAUAGUUUUGGCCCAGUUAUUAAUCCAGCUUGCAACUGCUGACAAGUGCCAUAAUUAUAGGUAUGACUAACGGCUCAAAGUAAAUGUGCAUACUUGGUUUAUU